AUGGGAGAAACGGUCAUCCCAACGGAACUGCCCACAACUACAGUGUCCAAAACAGAGCAGGCCCCCGGGACCAAGGAGACCGCCCCACCAGAGGACCACACUCAGACGGAAAGCCCAGACGAGGACACCUCGUCAACGGCGCCAACCAAGGCGUCCAGCCCUGAGGAGACCACCAAAGCCUUGACGGCCGCCCCGGCAACAGUGCGGGUCUCCGUAACUUUCCGCAUCACUAACAUGACGUUCAGUGAGGAAUUGUCGAAUCCAAAGAGCAAGGACUACACGGACCUAAAGGAGAAGAUUGACAAAAUGUACAAAGCAGUCUAUGCCUCUUCCGCCUUCGCAGAUAGCAAAGACUACCUUGGAUUCACUAUAAUUUCCUUCAGGUAUGAAAGCGAGGCAGAAUAA